CCAACGGUGCGUAUUUAAUCUUCAUAUUAUAUUCUGAGGGAUGUGAUUUUGGGUAUUUUGGCUGGAACUGAAGAAGCGAGAGAAAAAUUAAUUAAUUUCCAUGGAUUCUCCCACUCAGAAUACCUCUUUGCAGCGACUUCAAAAUGUGGAGAAGAGAAUCGUUAGGGUUUUGGAGCUGGCGGGAGGUGUCAUGGAUGAACUCGCCAAUCCAACGGGUCCCAGGAAAGAAUUUAUCAAUAAUCAUUGUCGUGAAUUCAUGAAGAUGAUCAAGGAUAUCCAAGUGACAUUGAGGGAUGAAAUCAAGAGUGCCUGUGAGUAUCGCCCGUUUGAGAAGUGCGAUUAUAGUUCGAGAAUAUCGAAUGAAAUCUGUUGCAAGAAACUCGAAUAUGUGCUCUCGCAGUUGGAUGCAAUGAAACAAACCAUUGAUGAAUAUCAGGCCACUAUUUGAAAGAUUCAAUGCUAGCAGCUAGAUAGCCAGACAAGAUCAGGAUAUUGGCAAGCAGUUUUCUCUCUUUUUUUCUUUAAUGCUAUCAAUUCUUACUAUGAGAAUUAUCUUAAUGAAUAGCAUGGUGAAGCUGAAUACUCUAUCAUGUAUGCGCUUUCAGUUUAACGAAGCUUUAGACAUUUUUGAA